AUGCAUGCUGAAGAGCAAGUAGUCCAGGCUGAUUCAGAAGUAAGGAUGAAGGGAACUCUACCAGUCAUCAUCAUCAUUAUAUUCUGCAGAAAGUUCAAGAAGAAAUCAUCUGUACAGAGCUUAGGUGAAGAACAAAUACAGAAUCCCUACACUGAGCUCCUUGUACUGAAAGGUCAUCAUGAUAUAGUGAGAUUUCUAGUAAAAAUAGAUGAUUACAGAUUUGCAUCUGCAGGAGAUGAUGGAAUUGUAUUUCUGUGGAAUGCUCAGACUGGAGAAAAACUAUUUGAGCUUCAUGGACACACACACAAAAUUACGGCUAUCACUGCAUUUCCGUCAUCUGAUGCUUGUAAAGAAAAAAAUUAUUUGAUUUUAACUGCAUCUGCUGAUAGGACAGUUAUUGUUUGGGAAUGCAAUAGUGGCAAGCAAGUUCAGAAAGUGUCAUGCUUUCAUUCCACUGUAAAGUGUUUGACAGUUCUUCAAAGACUGGAUGUAUGGUUAUCUGGAGGGAGUGAUCUGUGUGUUUGGAACAGAAAAUUAGAUCUCUUGUGUAAGACCAGUCAUCUUACUGAUGCAGAUAUCAGUGCUUUGGUUGAAUUGCCAAAAAACUGUGUUGCAGCAGCUGUUGGCAAAGAGUUGAUAAUUUUUAGGUUGGUGGUUUCCACAGAGGGAUCUGAAGGUUGGGAUGUCCUUGAAUUAAAACGUCUGGUUGACCAUCAAGAUAAUAUCCUCUCAUUGGUCAGUGUCAAUGAUUUGACACUUGUGACCGGUUCUCAUGUGGGUGAGCUGAUAGUUUGGGAUGCAUUGGAUUGGACAAAUCAAGUAUGUGAAUGCACAUCAUGGGACCCCGCUCUCCACAUAGUUACACAACAAGAAAUUAAAUUAUCACAAAACCAACGUGAAGUUUCAAUUCAGCAUUUAACAUCUGACGAGGAGUGUGUGUUUGCUGCUGUUGGGAAGGGCAUAUAUGUCUAUAACCUUCAAAUGAAGCGUCUGAUAGCCUGCCAGAGAACUGCUCAUGACUCUACUGUAUUGCACAUUGCAAAACUUCCAAGCAGGCAGUUGAUAUCGUGUUCAGAAGAUGGCAGUGUUCGCAUUUGGGAGCUACGAGAAAAGCAGCAGCUUCCAGCUGAGCCUGUUCCAACAGGGUUUCUGACCAUGUGGGGAUUUGGAAGGGCCAACAAGCAAGCAAGCCAAACUGCUAAAAAGAUGCAAGAAAGCACAUCAUCAUAUUCCUUGGAGCUAAUUGGUGAUUUGAUUGGGCAUUCAUCAGCUGUGCAGAUGUUCCUGUACUUUGAUGAACUUGGACUGGUGACAUGCUCUGCUGACCACCUUAUUAUUUUGUGGAAAGAUGGAGAAAGAGAGUCUAGACUGCGAAGUUUAGCAUUAUUUCAGAAAUUAGAGCAAAAUAAUGAUUUGUAGCUUAGGUUCUAACUUGGUUGAAUAAGAGGUAGCAUGAGCUUUGUAUGUUAGGUGUGUGAGAAAAGGAAAUUAAGCUAUUUGAAAAUAACAUCCUGUAUCAUUAUGCCAUACUUUUAAAAUGUUUUACAAUAAAGAUGGUAUAUUCUCCCUUGCUUU